AUGGCAGCUGCCAUCUCGACUGUCGGAGCUGUCAACCGUGCACCGUUGAACUUGAAUGGAGCUGCUGCAGUCCCCAGCUCCUCCUUCUUGGGCAGCAGCCUGAAGAAGGUGAACUCAGCAUUAAUCCCGAAGGUUUCAUCCGGAAACUUUAAGGUUGUAGCUGAGAUUGACGAGAAGAAACAGACAGACUCCGACCGAUGGAAGGGUCUUGUCACCGAUAUUUCCGAUGACCAACAGGAUAUCGCCAGAGGAAAGGGUAUGGUGGAUUCACUCUUCCAAGCUCCCACCGGAAUGGGAACCCAUGACGCUGUCAUGAACUCCUAUGAGUACAUCAGCCAGGGGCUUCGAACAUACAAUUUUGACAACACCAUGGAAGGAUUUUACAUUGCUCCUGCCUUCAUGGACAAGCUUAUUGUUCACAUCAGCAAAAACUUUAUGACCUUGCCGAACAUCAAGGUUCCUCUUAUCUUGGGUAUUUGGGGAGGCAAAGGUCAGGGUAAAUCAUUCCAGUGUGAGCUUGUCUUUUCUAAGAUGGGAAUUAACCCAAUCAUGAUGAGCGCUGGAGAAUUGGAAAGUGGAAAUGCAGGAGAGCCUGCUAAGCUCAUUAGGCAAAGGUACCGUGAAGCAGCCGAUAUCAUCAAGAAGGGGAAAAUGUGCUGCCUCUUCAUUAACGAUCUCGAUGCCGGCGCUGGUCGUAUGGGAGGCACCACCCAAUACACCGUCAACAACCAGAUGGUUAAUGCCACACUCAUGAACAUUGCUGACAAUCCGACCAAUGUGCAACUCCCUGGUAUGUACAACAAGGAGGAGAACCCCCGUGUUCCGAUCAUUGUGACUGGUAAUGACUUCUCGACACUGUACGCUCCACUCAUCCGAGAUGGUCGUAUGGAGAAAUUCUAUUGGGCUCCCACCCGUGAGGACCGUAUUGGUGUUUGCAAGGGUAUUUUCCGAACUGAUAAUGUCCCUGACGAGGAUGUUGUCAAGCUUGUUGACACCUUCCCUGGCCAAUCCAUCGAUUUCUUUGGUGCUUUGAGGGCAAGGGUGUACGAUGACGAAGUAAGGAAGUGGAUCGGUGGAGUCGGAGUCGACAACAUUGGAAAGAAGCUUGUGAACUCAAGGGAAGGCCCCCCAACAUUCGACCAGCCCAAGAUGACUGUCGAGAAGUUGCUCGAGUAUGGUAACAUGCUUGUCGAGGAGCAAGAGAAUGUGAAGAGAGUACAAUUGGCUGACCAGUACUUGAGCUCUGCUGCACUUGGAGACGCUAACAAGGAUGCUAUAAAGAGAGGAACUUUCUACGGGAAAGCAGCCCAGCAAGUAGGUCUUCCAGUGCCUGAAGGUUGCACUGACCCAAGUGCAAAUAACUUUGAUCCAACAGCCAGAAGUGAUGAUGGAAGCUGCUUGUACACAAUUUAG